AUGUUGGGUCUGAAAUUCGCCGCUAGAAACACUCCCCGCUUCCAGUCUCUGUUCUGGAGACCCUUCAGCGGGACGUCUUUUGUGCUAAAGAGCAAGGGCAAAAGCAAGUCCAAUGACGAGGAAAUAAACCCCUCCGCUAUAUUGCAAGACGUCGACACACAGUUCCAGUCUGUCUUGGAUAAGUAUAAGAAAAAGAUCACAGAGAUCAAACUGGGCAAGGCUGACCCCCAGAUCUUCAACAAAUUGAAAGUCAAAGUCGAAAAUGGGACCGCCUUGUUCACAGACAUCGCUCAGACCACACUGAAAGGAAAGUUUCUCACCAUCACCGUUUUUGACCCCAAGAACAGCAAACGGAUCAUCAGCGCCAUUUUGGGUGCCAACCUGAACCUGAAUGCUGAGGAAGACCCGAAGAACCCGCAGCUUCUCAGAGUUGCUCUGCCGUCCACCACCAAGGACUUAAAAGAGAAACAGGCCAAGGAACUAAAAGAGAAUUUCAACAUCUUCAGGGCCAGUUCCGCAAGCAUCCGUGCACACGUGCUCAAGGACCUCAAGAAGGUACGGGGAUCUGCCGACACGCUCAGGAAGCUGCUGAGCGACAUCGAGAAAACACACAAGAACCACAUAGAAAGACUGACUCACGCGUACAAAGAGGCAGAAAAGAGCCUGAAAUAA